GGGUGUCAUUCCCCUUUCUCAUUUCGAUAAGGCAGAUAGAGAGAGCUCGAGCGGCGGAGGGGGAGGGCGAUUCCGUCUGUUCAUGGCGAUUCUAAGCUCAUCCACCACAGGAUUUUGAUUUCUUCUCCUUUUCUUCUUCGUCCCCCAGCUCCCCUGGUUGGUUGUCCUUGUCUCUCGCGUUUUGCUCGUGCUCUCGUGGCUGUGUAGUCCCAGAUCUAGGUGAUUUUUGGUUUCGCGGAUCAGUGGUAGGUGAACUUUUUUAUCCGCGGCGAGGUGCAUGUUGCUGCCGUGGUGUUCUAGUCCGCCAUGGUUGUGCGCCUGAGUUUUUGUAGGAGCUUGCAGCGCGCCAUAGUCCUCCAUGCCGUGGUCUUGUGUUUUUUGUUGCGGACGUAGGCCAAUUCCCGCCCGGUUUGGAUUCCGUAGGCCAUUUCCCUGGGCAGUGUUCUGCUGUUGAUUUGGACGUACGCGUAGACGUAAGCUCUCUGUUGUUGAUGUGUAGGUAGGCGUGUAGGCAUUAGUUUUCAGCGGUGGAUCCCGUGGCUUGACUUCUGAAGAUCGAGUUCUGGUUGUUCUGUAUUGGGUUGUAGUUGUAGUUGUAGCCCCUGAUUUUACUCAUGUUUUUGUUCCAUGUUGUUUUAUCCCGCUGGUUACUGAAUUUCUCUGUUUCGACGUUCCAUUCUCUGUACCUACCUGAAUUUUAUGCUUCUUUUUUCAGUGUUCCCCCAUAAUAAGAGUGUAUGUUACACUGAGAUUUACCUAGUAUUGUAUUGUACCCUAUUAGCUGCAGUAUAGCUUCAUUGUACCUUGUCAUGUAUAGCUUCACUGCAACCUCAUGCUUUUCAGUGUUUUUGCCAUAGUUUCAGUGUUGAUUGCAUGAGGAUUCCUUUUUCUUGUUGAUUGUUUGGUCCAGUAGCACUGAUAUAGCUCUGAAUUUACAGCUGGCAUUGGUGUGUUAGUAGCAUUGGUCCUGUAGCAUUGGACUAGCUCUGAAUUCACUCUGUAUUUGUAACUCUGAUCUACAAUGUAGUUCAACUAGUUCUACUUUUGUUUUUUUAGUCUGUAUUGUGUCUCUGAAUUUGACUGCAAUGGCCCCAGUUGUGUUAUACUGUAUCUCUGAAAUUACUCUGUAAUGUGUAUCUGAAUUUCACUUGUAAUCCAUCAAGUUGUUAUUACGUAAAUUAUCUCUGAAGUACACUGUAAUGCGCCAGAACUACAGUCUAAUGUAUCUCUAAUUUUUUCUGAAUUUCACUGUAAUGUUAUCUGCAUCUCUAAAUUACAGUCUAAUACGCCAGUUGUGUUAUGUAAUUUGCAUCAGUAUUUAUAGUGUAAGUCCCACAGUUUUUGGGUGUAAAUUGUAUCAGCAUUUGCAGUGUCAUUCAUGCCUUUUUUAUUACUUUGUAAUUUGCAUCAGUAUUAUAGUGUAAUCUCCUCAGUUUUUUUACUGUAAUUUUGCAUCCAGCCUUAUUUGGUGUGUAAUGCCCCUCCAGUGUAAUUUGGACCAGUAUUACGGUGUAAUUUUCCAUAUUCUUUUACUGUAAUUUGCCUGAAUUUUAUAGUGUAAGUUGGAUCAGUAUUAUAGCGUAAGUAAUGUGUGUAGUUUGUUUCAGUUCUUCAGUGUAAUUACUGCUCUGAUUACUCUGUAAUUUUGAUCAGCAAUAUACUGUAAUUUGCUUCAAAUUUUUUUAAAUUCCUGCCUUGAUGUUACUGUCCAAUUUGCAUUAGUUUUAUAGUGUAAUUUGCACCAGUAUUACAGUGUAAUUUUCCAUAGUAUUUCAGGUAAUUGUCGCAAAUUACUCUGUAAGUUGGGUUAGUAUUACAAUGUAAUUUUCCAUAAUCUUUCAGUGUAAUUUCCAUAAGUUCUAUAGUGUAAUUUGCACCAGUAUUACAGUGUAAUUUUCCGUAGUCUUUCAGUGUAAUUGAUGCAUUGAUUACUUUGUAAGUUGGAUUAGUAUUACAGUGUCAUUUUCCAAAGUCUUUGAGUGUAAUUUGCAUAUGUUCUAUAGUGUAAUUUGCACCAGUAUUUACACUGUAAUUUUCCAGUGUCUUUGAGUGUAAUUUGAUGCAUUGAUUACCCUGUAAGUUGGUUAGUAUUACAGUGUAAUUUUCCGUAUCUUUUUCAGUGUAAUUUGUAUAAGUUCUACAGUGUAAUCUGCACCAGUAUUACAGUGUAAUUUCCCAUAGUCUUUUCAGUGUAAUUGAUGCAUUGAUUACUCUGUAAGUUGGGUUAGUAUUACAGUGUAAUUUCCCAGUCUUUUCAGUCUAAUAUGCGUAAGUUCUAUAGUGUAAUCUGCACCAGUAUUACAACUGUAAUCCCCGUGUGUAAUUUGAUUCAGUUAUUUUUAGUGUAAUUGCUAACUGCGUUGAUUACUCUGUAAUUUUGGUCACUAGUAUAGUGUAAUUUGCUCUAGUUUUUUCUACUUCCUGCCUUGAUGGUCUAAUUUGGACCAGUAUUAAUAGUUUAGUCCUCUUUAGUUUUAAGCUUCAUUAUCUAUGGGGAGGCUACGGAAAGUCUCUCACAAGGAUGUUCCAGAAGCUUCUUCUAUUGAGAGUUUGAUUUUUUGCAAGAUCCCUUUGUGCCCAAUGACUUUGCGGAAGAUGGUGCUAAUGUUAUGUCUUUGGUAGUUAUUUAUGUCUUUAUUCAUUAGCUUUAUUUUCUCCUUUAUUCUCCUCUUUUUAGUUUUUAAAUUUUUUGUGUUAUUUAUUAUCUUUUCAAGAGGCUACGAGUGAUGAUGGAGUACUUGACAAAGCUCUAUUCCAGUUCUAUAUGAACCAUAAAGUAAAACACCUGAAGAGGAAGUUAUCCUGUGCUGCAGGAAGGAAUGUGAGGCAGAAACGAUCUUCUGAUUUCCCCGUUUGUUCAACCUUCACUAGAUAUUCUGGGAAAUUCUUCUCAGCUGUUGUUGAUGGUUUGUGUCCUAGGUAUAAGGGUGUCAUUGAGAAUUAUGGCAUGCAUUGUCUUCUUAGGUUUGUGAGUACUGAGGUCCCACUUAGGCUUGUUAAGUGGCUUGCAUCUAGGUUUGAUGUUCUCGCUUCUGAGUUACAGUUAAAAAUGAAGUUUAUCCCCCUUACUAAGUACGACAUACAUGAUAUCCUUGGCCUUCCAGUAGAUGGUGAGCCACUUGUUUGUGACCCUGAGUCUGGUCGUGAUUUUAUCUUAUCACAUUUCAAUCAUACCAGCACUCCUCCUGUGUCCUUUUUCGCCAAGAAGCUCAAGGAUGUUGAUCUCCAGUUGCCUGAUGAGGAUGUCUUCAUUUGUUUCACGAUUGUUGCUUUCUCCACUUUUCUUUGCCCCAACUCUAGCCUCAGCCCUAGUCCAAAGUACCUGCACAUCUUUAGGGAUUGUCAGUCUGUUUGUCGCUAUGAUCUGCAAUUUGUGUAAAUUGAGCAAUGUCAGUAAACAGAAAAAUUAAAAUAUUUGUAAUCAGCAGUACCACUGCACAUAAGUACAUUAUAAUUCCAGGGACUUUUUGUGUUUUUU